AUGGUCAUGGAGGAUCUCACGAACGUCGACAGGAACCGAAAAUACAUUUCGGAUGGCUUGCAAGCUGUCAAAAUGACUUUUGUGCAAGACAUCAACGAGAUGAACACCGCACCUCGCUAUUCUCCGGACAUGGUCUAUCAACACUUCGGUGAGGAAGAAACAAUCUAUGGAUACGCUGAUUUAGAAGUGACAAUUCACCACUCUGCUCAAACCCUCUACAGUUAUAUCAACAUUUGUUACUCGAGCAAAGCCAAAAACGACAACGGACUUGAAGCGGACGAUAUUGAAGAUAAGCUAGUGCACAUCGAUGUCAGACCCAAUGUGCUUGUUACUGAGAAAGGGGCAUUCAAUCAGAAGCUGAUUAGUCAGAAGAAUUUCCAGCCAUAUGGAGAGAUGGUGCACAAGUUCCAGAGCAAAGGAAAAAAUUUCGAAGUCUACAGAGUGACUGAGCAAUCGGAAGACUUUAAUUUAUUCCUCGAAAGAAUCCAGACACUUGGAAUGUUCUUCAUUGAGUGCUGCUCGCUUACCGAUAACACCGAAGAGAACUGGCUUCAUUAUUUCAUAUAUGAAAGAUGCGAUACAGGAGAAGGAGACGGAAGUACUAUUGCAAAAGUUGCUGGAUUCGCCACUCUCUACAAGUUCUACAACUAUUUCGAGAAAGUUCGUCCACGCAUUGCUCAAAUGCUUCUGCUUCCACAAUACAGAAAAUCCGGAAUUGGUGCACAAUUCAUGGAAUCCUUCCUUCGCGAUCUUCGCGCCACUCCAGAAGUAUUCGAUGUGACUGUGGAAUCACCUGGAGACCAGUUCACCUUCCUGCGUGACUACGUGGAUUGCAUCAAUUGCAUGAAUCUUCCUGAAUUCUCUUCCGAAAAUCUCAAAAAUGGAUUUUCCGACAAAAUGCGCAUGGCAGCGCUUGACAAGCUGAAGAUCUCGAAAGCGCAAUCGCGGAGAGUUUACGAAAUUCUUCGUUUCCGCCAGACGAACAAAAAAGACAAGGAAGAUUUGAAAGCUCAAAGAAUCGACGUUAAAAGACGCCUCUACGCACCAAUGAAAAGAUCGGAACGCGAUUGGAAGCGUUUGAAUCUGGCGUUGACCCAGGAGGAACUUCGGCAAGCUGCGUGUGGGGAAAUGGACGAGGAGACCAAAUUCUCAACUCUCACUCAAAUGUAUGACAGACUCAUGGAAUCCUACCAAAAGACUAUUGAUCGCAUCGAAGCUCACCCCAAAAUUUUCUAA